AAGGGGCAUAAUAAUAGGUCCCCUUUAAAAAUAAUAUGUGAAUAUAGCAUUAUUUAAAAAAUUAACUAGCUAUGUUACAUUGUUACUUGUUAUGGAAUGUAACACGUUAUUUCUUCAUACAGGUAACUAUAUUAUAUUCAAAAGUUUCUGAUCAGUAAGAUUUUUUAUUUUGAAAAUUCUUAUGUUCAACCAAGGCUGUAUUUAUUUGAUAAAAAUACAGUAAACACAGUAAUAUUGUGAAAUAUUACAAUUUAAAAUAACUGUUUUUUUUUUUAAAUAUAUUUUAAAAUGCAAUUUAUUCCUGUGAUGCAAAGCUGAAUUUUUAACAUUACUCCAGUCCUCAGCAUCACACGAUCCUUUAGAAAUCAUUGUAAUAUGCUGAUUUAUGCUAAUUAUCAAUGUUAAAAGCUGUAUUAGAUUUUAUCCUUACCUUGAAAACAGUAAUUGGAUUAAGCACAUUUAAAACUGCAGUGAAAAACAGAAAAAAAAAAUUAACAGACAUUUAGCGGUUCCAGGUGCAUCAUUUCUAAAAUGUUGCAUAGAAACCAUCCUAUAUUUGAUCUUACAAUCAUUUCUCGCAAAUGAACUUGAAAUUGUGCACAGCUGAAUGGCUUCAGAUCUCCGCCUUGUAAACGCGGCCUAAUUAAUGUCAUUAACAUAUAAAAGAGCUCAAGGUCCAAAUCAUUUACUUGAGAAUCGCAAGCUGCACGAAUUGCUUAGAUGUCUAAAUACCUGCAGUACACAAAGACCGUUUUUAUAUGAACAUUGACAUGGAUUUUAGCGUACAUACUCGAAGUUCAAAUCUGUGCAUAUGCAAGUUUUAUAAAUGAGGCCCCUGGUCACCAAAGAGCCUGCCACUGAGUUCAGAGUGCAGUAGAGUCACAAUAACGGAAUAUAGGUGGAAAUAUUGUGCUGAACACAAGUAGAGGGGUUGUUGUGGGAAUGGCCUGCUGCCUAGCUCUUGGUCUCCAGGACAACUGAGUUUCCCAGGCCUUGUGUUGUCCCAGAAAUCAUAUGCUGCCAAAAACAACAUAGUGCAUGAGAGGAGAGGGUUAGCAUAUACAGGACAUGAGAUUUUCAUAUUUAAAGAGAGGCCAAAAGUGUGUACAAGUUUCAAACUCAGCUCUUUAAGUAGGUAGAAAGACAAGCUACAUUUGUGAGUGAAAAGAGGCUAUACUAUAAUUUAACCAAAUGCACUAUAGUGAAACGCCAAAAACUCUCUCUUUAGGAAGUUUGAAGUCAUUUGAAAUCACCUUUGUAUAAUAAGAACUGCAUCUAUGAAAUGUCCUCACCAAUACAUGUGUGUGGGUUUGUAUAACUGUGUGUUACGUUUAGCGGGAGGGAGAGAAUCUAUAUCUGUGAGAGUUUCUUUGUGUGUGAUUGUGUGUGUGAGAGAAAGAGAGAAUGAUUCUAUAUCUGUGAGAGUAUCAGUGUGUGUGUGUGUGUGCUGGUUUGAGAGCAGGUCCUCUGUGUUUGCCAGCUGAGCUCAGGUGACACACUGGAGGGCUAUUACAGCCUGUUGCCCUCUCCAGGGACCAUGAUGCCCUGCUGGUUCUGUGUGUGAGUGUGUGAGAGACAGCGGACAGCGAGCAGACGGCUGUCUGUGUCCUGCAGCGUCUGCGUCUCUCUUCUGCAGAGAUGGCUAAUCUCAAACUAAAACAUUGGAUCAGCAUCAGAAUCUGUGCUGUCAUAGUAACUCUGUUCCUUAUUCAUGUACAAGUUAAAAGACAAAGCCAGCUGAUGCAAACAGAAAAACGAGAGCUCCUUCUAUCCACAGAGAUCCCAGCAGAGCACAUUGACCCCGCCUCUAUAGAUCUUACUGGACUCGUCAACACACUCAUCAAUGCUUCACAACCAGGUUCACAGCAUCUUUUCUCCUUACUCAGUGUGACAUCACACAGUUCACUCUCUCUCCACAAGCUCACGCUGCUGGUCUACAAUAUCUCAAACUUUCAGGACAUUGAGAGCAGUUUAUUUUCCUUGAGAUACUGUUACUGUCUGACAAACAGGACCAAUGACCUCACAGAUUUCACAGCUAUUCUGUUGGAUGUGAUGGGAAAUUCCACCAGUUACCUGCAAGAACUAUUUAAGUCCAACUCUAUACUCUCAGUCAGUCAGAAGAACAGUUCUGAUUGCAUCUAUAUCUGUGUCAUGGCUGGAAAGACAGACAGUGAUCUGUCUCAGCUGUGGGACAUGGGCUCAGUCACACCUCUGUUUAAUCAGACCAUCACAGAGGAAGUAACCAGAGGUAAUAUGACAUUUCCACUGCUGCCCUUUGUAGUGUGGCAUGACCUUCCAAACAACAGUGACCUGGUGCUGUGGCCUAAAGCAAGUACAGACUCCUACAGGACUCCCAGUACAGCUUCCCACAUGAGCAGAGUAUCAACCAGCGAUGAAUCCAAAACUGAAGUGCCAACCACUAGUGCUACAAUAACAUCAUCACCUCUUAUUAGAUGGACAGUUGCUCCUCCCACUACUGCCACUGUGACGACCACUGCUACUGUUUCUAUGACAGACAGAUCCACUAGUGAUCUCACAACUGCUGUGAUAACCCAGUUGAAAGCUGAAACCAUGACAACACAGCCAACAAAAACCCCACAUGCGACUGUUACCACAGUAACCUCACAGACCACAACAAUUUCAUUGCCAACACAGAAAAAAACAACCACGACAAGCAUCCAGCAGCUUACUAAAGUAUCUCAUACAGAAAAACCAGGAUGCCCAUGGAGAAUAGAGCUACUUCGUCAAGGAAGUGAGAAAGAGGACCUGAAAGAGACCCUUGAAGAGGAGCUGAUCUGGGGCAGAGCGACCAUCAGCUCAGUGAAGCUGCAGCCAUGUGUGUUUGAGCUGUGCAAGUUUUACUCUCAGUGCGUGUGCAGAGGAUUCAGUCACAGAGCUGCAGCGUUACAGAGAUACUGUGUGGACAGCCAUCACUGGUAUGAGAGACAUACAGCAGAGGUCUGCAGUCGGAUGAGGAGAGUCACUUUUUCCAAAAAUCUGAAGCAGAAAUGUCUGGCGAGAAUGUGUGUGAAGAUUUAAGACAAGAACUGAGAUUCUUUUGCGGGUGACAGACAUCUGAACCAUCUGAACUCAAGAAUGUGUGUGUGUGAGUGUGAGUGUGUAAGAGAGAGAAACUGUGUUCUGUUAAACAAUGAACUACAUUAAAUCAUCACUGAAUCUGAAUAGUAGUGUGUGAAUCUAUAGUGUCCAGAUUGUACUUUUGUCUCUCCUGUACAUGAAUAAAACCAAACAUAUUUACCCAUGUCUAAUUUUUGAUGUCUAUAACUACCCCAACAAACACACUAAAAUCAAACCUGGAA